AUGGUGAUUCCGAUUCCCUCGGUGCCGAUGCCUGAUGGCCCGCUCCCGGAAGAGUGCCAGGAAAACGUGAAGAGGUUGAAGUGGUCGAUCAUCUCCAUGAUAUUUUUCGGCUGCGGGCGUGCCGCCUGCGCCAUUGCUCUCGGAGCAGUGUCGUUCGAUUUCUUCGCCCUCCUGAACCUUUUCAUCAGUAUCGUCAUGGGAACCUUCCUGCUGAAGGACGAUGCGCAUUUGAAGAACUUCUACAAAUGCUUGGCGGACAGUAUUUGCCAACCCUGCGCAGAUAGUGGACAAGGUGGCAUGCAGUGCUUGAUGCCAUUUCUGAUCAUGACCGUGCUGAACGUCUUGUUAGACUUCAUCCAGAGGAUGCCGUUCUUCGGCAUCAUGCCAUAUGGCUUGUUCCUGGCAGGCUCACUUAUUGCGCAAGCAGCAGCUGUCUACUUCUCGUGGGGUAUCUACCAGCAAAUCCGCACGCCGCGCGGGGACGUGGAGAUGAGCGGCGGCUACAACUAUGAUCGAGUGAACCGAGCCGAUGCUCCUCCCCAACAAGGCUUCCUCGACGGUCGGGCCGAGGCCACGCAGGGCGGGGGCUUCAACGUUUUCCAAGGACAAGGGCAACGUCUUGGUUCCUGA